AUGCAAGCAAAGAUUCUGAAGCGGCUCUUGAAGGAGAUUGACGAUGUCAAUGCCGACUUCUUCAAUCUGCGAACUGUCAUCUCUCUUGAUCCCGAGGACGACAUGACCCGGUUUUCUUUCAUUAUGCUACCAAACGACGGCGCCAUGGCGCAUCUGACGCUGGUCGGAGCAAUGUAUAUUCCUGAUACUUAUCCCGAGUCACCGCCGGUGAUCCAUCUCUAUACCAGGACUGGGCGUUACAAUGUAGACGUUUUCCGAGGUCAAUUAGGGAACAAGAAUGCCAGCAGCCUUUGCUUCAACAUCUUGCGGGCCAAAUCAAAGGAUGGUACCUGGGAUGAAGACUUCACCAUCUCGGCGCUCUUUGCCUCUCUCAUGUCAGCGAUUGUGUCUUUCUACGUCCCCCAGGAAGGCGGGUACAGCCGCCCCGAAUAUGUCUCGAUGGAGACGCUUCGCAAUGUGAAGCUUUAUGUGAGAGAAAGCUACAACGCCCAUAAAGAUCGCAUGCCGGCCGUUCCUCAAAUUCCGCUAGUUGAGGCGACGAUGGUUAAGGCGAAACAAAUGAACUUCCCACCAGAAAUCAUCGCUGGGGAAACGGAAAGGGUGACGGCGGGCCCAAUCUUUCUACAGACCAGGAACUCAGCCGUCCAUUCGUUUGCGGUAGACCUUUCUGGGUUACAUGAAGGCAUCAUCUUCUCCGUGAUCUUGUCCAACUCCGAGACCGAUCUGCUUGGAAAGAAAUCAGGUACGGUGCUGGUCCGAAACGGCGUGACGGCUUCAGCGGCCCGGAAGCGGGCGGGCGAACCACUCAGAUGGUUUUACCACGGGAAGCCUAUGAACGACGGUGAUAUGCGACUACACGUCACUAUCGGGGCGGACCAGAUGACGCUUGUCUACAAUGCCAAUGGGCGCCGCUACGUUCAUGGCGAUUGCCCCUUGUCGCGGUUGACGCCUCUCGAGAUCGGUGACGUCCGAGGAGUUCCAUUUUAUGUGCACAUAUACACCAAAAAGAAGAGUGGAGAGUCAGCAAAGAUCGUCUUACUAGACAUCAAGGGAAAAGGUUACUUGCAUCAGGAUUCGGAGGAGGCUGAGAAAGAUACUCUCGGCUUUGAAAUCGUGGAUCAUCCAAAGGAAUCCGAGGUAGCUUCGCUGCAAAGUCCGGAUGGUAGUCAUGUUGUGGAGGCUGAGCAGGAGUUGUGGGAGGAGUUGGAUGCACUCAAAAUCUAA